CUUCAUCAUGAAUUGAUGCGAUAUACUGUAACGAUUUCUUUCUAUAUUAUUUUGAUUUGUUUCUGUAUACAAUUUAUUUCAAGAGAGAGUGAAAAUAUCUUUACAUAUGUGAAAAACAUUAAAAGGAUUUCUUCUUCUUGUGUUUAGAAAACAAGUAAUUAUAAAUAAAAAAAUGAAUUCAAAUAAUAUUGUGAAAUAUUUCGUUAAUGUCUCAGCUUCUCCUCCAACGACUCUCCAAAUCCUUUUCCCGUAACAGUUCACUCAUUCAUGAGAAGGCUAGGAGGGUGUUGUCAUCGUCAGCAGCCACCAACCCGUAUGUAUCACUGGAGAUAAGUGCUGAUUUGAAUGAGGGUGGAGGAACAAUCAUUGGAAGUGUCCUCCUGUUCGACGCAGCUAAGCAUGAUGUGCUCACGGUGGAGAAAACAAUACCAGAAGAGAUGAUCGUUGAGGGGAAAGGAGUCGGAGCUUCCCACGGAUGGUUAUUUAUGGAAGACCAACGCGAUCGUUCCCUAAGUGUCACUGACGUUUUAAACCCUUUACCUUGCAAGAGAGAAACGACAGUGAUUCCUCUGCCUCCGCUUGCUUCUUUGCAACUUUGCCAAUCUAAGGUUGGUUGGAAUGUGGCAAUGUCCACUUCUCCCGACCAAGACGAUGAGGAUGAUUGGGUGGUUGCUAUCAAGUUCUUAGGUGGACAGCUUAGUCUCUGUAGGCCCUGUCGUGACCUCCGCUGGACUAAUAUCCAAACCCCUUUAUUAGGCUACUUAGAUAACUCAAAUCUCAUGUAUUCCAAGAGAGACCAAUGCUUCUACUUGCCUUCUCCUGGAGGUCACCACUUGUUCUCCUAUGAUAUAAAAGACAAGGAUCAUCCCAAUCCCAAGUUCCAUGUGUUGCAGUUUCGUGACCUGCCCGAGUUGCCUCAAUCCGAAUGGGAGAUUUUGGUGGGUUCGUGUUACAGGACAGAAUAUCUGGUGGAGUCAGCCUCCACUGGUGAACAUUUCCUCGUCAAACGGUAUUUAUACAUUUCCUUAACUCUGCUAGCUACUUUUGUUAUCAACUUUGUGACUGAAACAUCAUUCCUCAGGUACAUCCAGACGUAUCUCAAGAACGGGAAGGACUACAAAACGAAGCAGUUCAUGGUAUUUAGAGAGGAGGAGACGUUGGAAGGAGGAAGAUACAUGUGUUACACUGACAACAUUGGCGAUGUGUGCAUCUUUCUUUCAAGUAGUGAGGCUUUCUGCGUCCAAGCGAGCUCUUUCCCUGGUCUCAAGCCUAACUCCAUCUACUAUAUAGGCCAAGGAUUUGGUAUUUAUGAUAUUACCACCGGAACCUCCACUCCUUUUCAAGGUGCACCGGCCAAGCUCUCCGCCUCUUUCUGGCUUCCCCGUUUUCUAUUUAGUGGCUUGGUGUAUCCUGUUUUCAUUUGUAGGGGAUGAUUAUCCUAAACCUCUUGGUAUCCUGCUAUUUAAAUAAAUUAUUUUUUCUUAUAAUCAGAGACGCCAGUGUAAUAAGCAACUUGUUUCAUGAAAUUUGAAAUGUUUCAAAGAUUCAAUACUGUUUUUUUUCUCUGAAACAAGGGUUAAGACUCAUUAUUGUUUUAGACAAACUAGGGUCGGUGCCCGCGCUUCGCGCGGAUUACAUGUUUAAUAAAAGUCCAGUUCAAUUAAAAUUGGGGGUUUUGAAGUUUCUGAAAGGGUAAGUUAUGUUUUGUUUAUUUUAUAAUGCGAAGACGUUAGAAGCGGUAAUCAUUUUUUUUAAACAACAGUAAGUUUUAAUAAUAAAUUGUUUUGAGGAAUUCAAUAUUCGUAAGAGAAAACAGUAUUUCAGUGUGCCUAUUUAAUUGACGUAGGAAUCGGUAAUGUAAAAUUUUUAAAAGUUGACUGGUGUCGUUUGCUAUGAGGCUUAAGAUAACAGUUUAUUCCUUUUUUGUAAGCGUUGUAUGAUACCAAUAUCGUUGUCAAAGUAGAAGCGCGAUCUAGGUGUGGUUGUGAGUGAUAGUUUUCAUGAAAAAGUCAAAUAUUUGUAAGCAUUUAUUUUGACAUAAACUUUAUGUUUAGUUUAUUACCUUCAUGUAAUCGUGGAAUAAUACUUGUGAUGAUUACGAUUUGUUUUUUCCUGGUAUAUAUGUGAUUUAACUCCCUGAAAUUAGAGGCCUCCUUGUCCCAUAAAGUUAGACUUACCAAUUUCGAUCUACAAAUAAUUAUUGUAUUAUAUUUUGUUUAGUUGUAAACCAAUUGUUAUUUAAUAAAAAGUUAGUACCUGUCUAAACGCAAUCCAAUGGUGAUUUUUGAAUCUGUGUAGUGGUUAUAUAAAUCACUUCUUUGGAUGAGGCAUAUGCGGCCAACAACAUCUGUAGGAAUAAUUUGGUUUUAAGGACAAAAAUUUAGUGUUUAUUUGUAUGUGAGAGAGUUAUUGGUUUUUUUUUUACCUGGGAGGAAGUUGGUUGCAUUUGCUAAGCUGAUCAACUGGUGGUAGCGUUGGGGCCGGAAUAUGUAUGAAGGGAUCGGUUGAAUGUUUUCUUGAAUCAGUGUAAUAAUUGUUGUCUCAUUGAUAUUGAUUAUGUAUGGUUUAACGGUAAGCAUGUACCGUUGGUUAUUGGGAAGAAGAUUAAAAUAUCUAAUGUGAUAAAUUUUCCCUUCCUCGAAGCGUUGGUAGAUUGUGUCAGACGUAGAAAUAGACACCCUCCCUUCCAUUAUUUGUUCCUGUUUAGUGGUUAAAAACCAUCAUUUGAAAUGUAGUUUGAAUAAUUAAAAGUAAAUAUUUUUAAGACAAACCUGGAUGUCAAGACAAAUGAAAGUUGUUCAUAGGAAAGCAAUUUUAUUUUUGUGAUUUGUGAUGGGCCACAUCCUAAUGAUCCUAACGAUUAUUGGAUGCGGUCUGAGGGUGUCGCCCCAAUUGUUUUGAUAUUCUGCUGCAUGUUCUGCACAUAUAAGAAUGAGAAUUAUUUUGUAUUGCCCAUCUUUUAUUAAUUUCAUAUUUUUUUGAAGUGAACAUAGUUAUGGUUUGUUUGUUUUUUUUUAAAUUAUUAACAUGGUUAUUUAAAAAUUAAAGUAGGCCGGCCCAUAAUUAUUUGAAUGAGGUCGAAGCAUAAGUAACUGGAACCGGUAGUUGUAAAUUUGUUGGGUGCAUUUGAUAGUAGAAUUUAGUUUUUUUUUAGAAAUUUAUAGUGAUUGUGUGUGAAAUGAGGGGGUUGUGUUAUUUUGGACGGACAAUUUUAAGAUGAAAGAAAACUUAGCCGGUUCACACAUUGUUAAAGGAAACAGUAGAAAUAAUAAAUUGUCUGAAAAAAUAGAAAAUUCAAAAGAAAAUAGUUUGACAGUUGAAAUAAGUAAUUGUCCGAAGGAAAUAGUUUUACGAAGACGGUGAUUUGGGUUAAUGGGCUGGGCUGCGAGAUUUUUUUUUACCUGGCCCACCGGCAAAUCGUAGACAAACCGAGAUUUUUGUAAGCGACAACGAAGCCCAAAUCUUUAUUGCAAUUUUAAUUUGAAACCCAAUCUACUAGUGACAUGGCAGUUUGAUAGGUGGAGAAUAUUUUACCUAUGGUACUUCUAGAAAAACUAGGAUUUAGCUUCUUUUAUACAGUAGGAUCGUAAACAAUUGAUUAUUUAUGGGCUUGAAAUUCACAUUUUUGGCUAAAAUAGCUCAUGGGCUUGAAUCAAAUAUAGAGAUAAUACGAGUAGUUGCUCAAAAGAACCAUUAAUACGACUAUACUCUUGUUGCCGUUUAGAGAAGACUUGAUUUCUUAAAGGUAUGUGUUAAUCGGUACGAGGAUUGGAUAAUCAUACACGUCAUUACUGACACGCCUUGCUAGUUCUUUAUAGUCGGCGCCUGAAAUUCGGUGUGUUCGAAAUGGAACCAUAAAAUCUGACACUAUUAUAUAAAAAAUAUAAACUAAGAGAUUAAAGAUCGAUUACAUAGAGAAAAGCUAUGACAUCGUGAGAGAAUAAUAAACUUGAGUACAAAAAUAAGGUGAAAUUAUGAAAACGCUAAUUCUUGUGUGCCGAUUACGACCUGAUUGCGAAUAUCUCUCUUUGCAAGUUCUUUGUUAUUUCUAAAAACUUUCACUGAUUUUUUUUUUUUUUUGCUUUAAGCCGACUUUGCUUUCCGUCUUUCUUUUUCGUUGCACCUAGUUCAAUUAUAUUGUUGGGCUUUGGACUUUGUCCAGGGAUAUGGACUUUGUCCAGGGAUAUAUUUUCAAGUCCAACAAAAAUAUUAUAUAUUGUAAUUUAGGGGUGGGCACUUUACCCGAUAUCCGAAGUGGCACCCGAACCCGAUCCGAAAAACCCGAACCGAAAUCCGAACCGAAGUAACAAAAUACCCGAACGGGUAUUGAAUAAGGAGAGAUUGGAUAUCCG